UAAAGGAAACUAGCUGAGUCGUUUUCUGAGAAGAGACCAUAUUUGUUCAGAGAGGAAGCCGUUGCUUUUUGGGAUUUGGCUACAGUAGAAAAGACAUCUGCUCCAACAAGGGUGUUUCUGAGGCUAGCUGGGAAUUGGAAGAGCCAAGUGCACCUCCAGAGUCAGGAUCUGGGGUUCUUCUCUGUUCAUGGGUGAAGUGCCUGUGACCAGCUUGUGAGCUUCCUCCAGAGCAGCGGCCAUGGCACUGAAGAAUGUGCCCUUUCGCUCAGAGGUCCUGGCCUGGGACGCUGACAGUCUUGCUGACUAUUUCAAAAAGCUGAGCUACAGGGACUGUGAGAAGGCCGUGAGGAAAUACCACAUCGAUGGAGCUCGAUUUCUGAACCUGACGGAAAAUGACAUCCAAAAGUUCCCGAAGCUCCGGGUGCCGAUCCUCAGUAAGUUAAGUCAAGAAAUCAACAAGAAUGAAGAAAGGAGGAGUAUUUUCACACGCAAACCCCAAGUCCAGCGGUUUCCUGAAGAGACAGAAAACCAUGAAGAGGACAAUGGGGGCUGGUCAUCCUUUGAAGAAGAUGACUACGAAAGCCCCAAUGAUGAUCCGGAUGGGGAGGAUGAUGGAGACUAUGAGUCCCCCAACGAGGAGGAAGAGGCACCCGUGGAAGAUGAUGCUGAUUAUGAGCCGCCACCCUCCAAUGACGAGGAGGUUCUGCAGAACUCCAUCCUGCCUGCCAAGCCUUUUCCCAGCACCAACUCCAUGUACAUUGACAGGCCUCCUGCUGGUAAAAGCCCCCAGCAGCCUCCCGUGCCUCCCCAGAGACCAAUGGCUGCCCUUCCUCCACUGCCUACUGGCCGCAGUCACUCGCCACUGCCUCCACCCCAGCCCAACCAAGAAGAACCCAGCAGAAAUCGAAACCACAAACCAGCGAAGUUGCCUGCUCCGUCUAUAGACAGAAGCACAAAACCUCCCCUAGAUCGUUCUUUAGCCCCGCUGGACAGAGAGCCCUUCCCAAUAGGAAAGAAACCAACAUUUUCUGACAAGCCCUCAGCUCCAGUGGGAAGGACUCUCGGGGACCAUUUACCUAAGAUACAAAAGCCUCCUUUACCACCAACCACGGAGAGACAUGAAAGAAGUAGCCCCCUUCCAGGGAAGAAGCCACCAGUACCAAAGCCCGGAUGGGGAGUAGACAAAAGAGAUAAUAAUGAUGAAGAUGAUGUGCAUCAAAGACCUUUGCCCCAGCCGGCACUUGUUUCUAUGAGCUCCAGUACUUUUCCUUCAAGAUAUACUAAACCAAACUCCAAGCACUCCUUCCCACCAUCUCACAUGCCUGGAGCUUUCUCAGAAAGUAGCAAUAGUUUUCCACAGAGUGCCUCCCUGCCGCCAUACUUCUCUCAAGUCCCUAGCAACAGACCACCUCUCAGAGCCGAAAGCAGAAACUUUCCCUUGCCAGUUCCAAACAAACCUCAGCCACCAUCCCAGGCAGAAGAGGAGAAUUCCCUAGAUGAAGAGUGGUAUAUUUCUUAUAUUACCAGACCAGAGGCAGAAGCUGCUCUUAGAAGGAUAAACCAGGAUGGCACUUUUCUGGUUAGAGACAGCUCUAAGAAAACAACAUCCAAUCCAUAUGUCCUCAUGGUAUUGUACAAAGAUAAAGUUUACAACAUCCAGAUCCGUUAUCAGGAACAUAGUCAAGUUUACUUGUUGGGAACUGGACUCAGAGGGAAAGAGGACUUUUUGUCUGUGUCAGAUAUUAUUGACUACUUCAGGAAGAUGCCACUUCUGCUCAUUGAUGGGAAAAACCGAGGCUCCAGAUACCAGUGCACAUUAACACACGCUGCAGGGUAUCCAUAGACGAAGAUACACACAGAGAAGCACCCCGCCUGCCCACAAGCCUGACCUGACAGGAACCAC